CGGAGAACAAGUGAACGCGCUCUCGUAAGAUCCGCAGAUUCGUGUCUCUGACAAUCUGCCAGACGGACAAACCACGAAAAUAAUGACUUUCUCCGAAGAGAAAAAACUUCCAACACAAAUUUGAGCAUUUGUUACACUCAGUCAUAAUCUGUAAGCGCUCAAUCUAAAACACAACCAGGUAUAUCUAUGUCUCUUUUUGUCGAAAGUGCUGUUUCUGUCACGGUGCUGCACUCAGUUGUGUCAGCUGACUGAUCCAAACAUCCUCUGUGCCUCUGCUAUUGGAGUAAACAUACUGAUUUUAACCCAGGUAAAUAUGCAUUUAAGGCUUUACAUUAUCACAAACAAUAAGGAGCAGCGGUGAGUCAGGCAGACAUGUCCACGGCAGACUUUCUCUCAUUUUGAGUGUGUUUAUCCUCGCCCUGUAGUGUUAGCUCUGCUGCUAUCUAACGUAGAGCUAGUCAUACAUUCAAAUUUAGGGUAAACCGAGCUAACACUUUUCUUUAUUUUAACACUUAAACUAGCCAAAUAUUGGUCCUAGCGUUAGCAUUAAUUUAGCUUUUGGUGGCUAUAUUUUAAAGGCGUCACUGUGCUGUUAUUGUCUUAUAGUUAUGAAAAUAAUGAAAGGGUUAUGAAGUGAUAACAGCACACCUGCAACAGACAGAGUAAACGGAAACAGUGACAGUGUCGCUUGUUUUAUUCACACUCUAUAUUUUGAUAAUAACCAGUUCGACUCUGAUAUGCCCUGGUGUCUGUUGUAUUGACUUGAAUUUGAUGUUUUCCAGUGGCAGCAAUGAAGAAGAACAAAAGCAAAGUCAACACGACAACUGGGAAGGAGUUUGUGUUUGAGUUCAGGGCAGGGAGACACAACUGUGUCCUCAAAGUCCCUCUGCAGUUUCCUGUGCAGGAGAACAUCAGUGACCUCCAUGGACGCCUCAUGCUGCUCCAUAAAAUCCCCUGCUACAUAGAAAAUGGUGAGACCAGUCAGAAGUUAGCCACUUAUUUGCAUUCUACAUUAAAUUGUGUACAGUUUAAAAUAACUGACAUAAAUGAUCUCUGUGAGAUAAUUGGCUCAAAUUGCUGAUUCCCUAAUCCAGUGGUUCUCAAGUCCAGUCCUGGAGGCCCACUGUCCUGCAUGUUUUAGAUGUUUCCCUGCUCCAACACACCUGAUUCAAAUGAUCAACUCGUUAUCAAGCUCUGUAAUGACUUAAUAACGAGCUAAUCAUUUGAAUCAGGUGUGUUGGAGCAGGGAAACAUCCAAAACAUGCAGGACAGUGGGCCUCCAGGACUGGACUUGAGAACCACUGGUCGAAUCAGUUAAAAAUGACCAGAAGGACUCUAAUAUGAUAGUUAAGGUUGAGAUCUGGACAUCCAGAGAGAUAAGUGCUCUCCCACAACUCUAUCAUCCAUUUGUCUUUUUAACCCAUUAAGACCUGAGCCCUGUCUGAGACAUGCCUCUGAAAUCCUGAGGGCAUUUUUGAGAAGGGCCCCCAGACCCUGAGGCUUUCUGAAGUGUUGAGGUUGACAAAAGAGCUGAUAUCUCAGCCUCUGUAGCAGAUAGAAACAAAAUUCAAAAAGUAUUUGAGAGCUUACAGGUGUGGCUUUCAAGAUCAAUAUCUUUUAUUGAUUCAUUACAUUAUUGAAAACCUUGAACAAACAAACUCAAAUGAAAUAAAACGACUGUAUAAAUAAAAGUAAAGGCUCUGCGUUGGAGAAUAACAAACAAUUUGCUCUCUGUAAAACAAGUGGCAAUCAUGAUAAAGUGUCCAUUCAAUAGAAAAUAAAGUGUUGAAAGGGUAUACAGCUGCCCUAGUAUAGUCCCGGUACAAAAGCAGCACUAAAAAAUAAAUAAAUAAAUACGUUGCUGACAGUGUGUUCAUCUCUGUGCUCAAACUUUUCAUACUCACACCCUUGAAAUGAUUCAUCAUCCACGUUGAAGUGUUAAAUUGAAAUUCCUGAGACAUAAACAAUCUUCACAGGCCAAGAUUCAUUAUUAUUUGUGUUUUUAUAUUGUAACACUCCCCUGAAUGUUGAAACCAGAUCUCUACUAAACUCUGUUUAUUUGAAGUGAUAGUAUCCUAAAAGUAACUCUUCAUGUCUCACUGAGAUGAAGGUAAUAUAGUCAGCCUGUAUGCUGUUAGUUUGAAAUCACAACAGAUGGAAAGGAUCUACCCUGUAAAGCACUUUGUAACCUUCACAGAAAUGAAAACAUAUUUGAGUUGACAGGAGUUUUUUGCUAUGUUUGCAUCUCUUCUGCAGAGCUAAAAAACUCACUUUCCAACUUCAUCGAGAAGGAGACCAUCCUGGAUUUCGACAAAGAGGCAGAACUGGCUCUGCAGAGACUCACGACAGGAAACGUAGAUGUGAAUCAGCUCACAAAUGCAUGGGCCAGGUCUUAUGUGGAGGUGAGAACACAUAUUUUGAAUUUUUGGAAGUGAGUAGUUGCUAAUGGCUCAAGCUGUUGUGUCACUGUAUAUAUGUAUAUUUGAGUGAAAUAUAGGAAAUUGUUCUAUGUCUCUAUACAUUUACAAUCUUCCAGGUUUUACACAUUUUUGAUGCAAAAUAGCACAGGUUGUUUGACGCUGGUCACCAUUUUUAUCUGCACGACACAUUUGUACGCUGCCACUCUGAAUUUACGUGGCCAACUCUCUGAAGUUGACAACAGUGAAUAAGAAAUAAGAUUUGAGAAUAGGACACAAGUAGACUUUGACCAGUCGAAUGUAUUAGAUACACUGCAUACAGUUCACUUGUUUCUGAGUCAGCUCGCUUCUUGACCAUGUGACAUAUUGAUGGCAUUCAAAUAUUCAGAACAACAAUGAUACAAAAAUGAACAAUCAAGCCAUGUAAAUUAAUGGUUUGUGUGAUUGUGUGGCCUAAAAUUGCUGUCUUGUAGUUAAAAAAUUGAGAACAUCAUCAUAUUUUAUUCCAUACAUACAUGGUUUUCCAAAGUUAUGUAGGCUUAACAUUUUCUUCCUCGCAGGUGCUCCAAAAUGUGUCCUAGAGACCCUGGCUGUAAAACCCUGAUUCUAUAUUUUCCACUUCAUUAUUCUGUGGUACUGCAGCAGGCUUUUGGGAUUGUCCCUGGAUGCGGACACAGCUUACUUCGGUGCAGUCAUGGAUCAUUUAAGUAAUUCAAACAGAGGCAGUGCAGUGCAUCUGCAAAUUGAUUAUUCAUGAGUUCCCGAGAAAAAAAUCCCAUUACAUGAGCGGCAUGCAGUGUUUAAUGUCUUUUCAUUGCACUCGAUUACACUCUGAUGCGUUUUUCUCCCAGAGGGCCAAUGAGUAGAUGCAGUUGUGUAUACAUACUGGAGAAAAGAGUCAUCAUUUUCAGAUCAGAUCGAUAAAAAAAACAAACAGAUUAAAAGGAGCAUGGUUAUCUCACUGAUAGAUUUAAGUGUUAUUUAUUUCAAGCUUUAAAAAAGGUCGAUAAGGUUAUUUAGUUUCCGUCUUUAGAGUUCACGAGUCUCAUCUCUGCUGUCAGCUGCUUUUAUAAAAAGAAAAGGCCUGCUGUGUCAUGAAGCCCGCUGUGCUCAGACACGUAGGACCGGCUUCUUGUUAACUGUUUACCACAGUCACACAGAAAUACAUGUGGACUCCAUUGCAUUCAUGGUCCGGAGAUUCCCAAGCCUGUAUAAAUAGAGGAGUUUCACAUGCUGAAGACUGUUCUGUUGCUUUUCUAAAUAUGGAAAUGGCACAUUGACUGCCCCAGUUAAUGUUGCACAGCAAAACAUUCAAAGUGUGUUGACAUUGUGUUUUGCCCUCUAUUUUCUGUUCUUUUACAAACAGAAAUUCCAGUUUUCGCGCAUUUUUGCUGAAAGUCAGCAUCUCACAGUCCCUUUAACUCGCAGCCUCUGCAGCCGUUCAUCACCCACAAGUGAAAAGUUGUAAACAGCUCAGCAGAGUUUGAUGAACAGCUUGGUUUGGUUGUUUUUCUCUGCUGUUUCAAACAUUUGCCGCUUUAAAAAAAACUGAUGUAAUUCUUUCGUCUUUUACUGUUUUAUCACAGACUACACUGGAGCACGCACGUCCUGAAGAGCCCAGCUGGGAUGAGGACUUUGCCGAUGUUUACCACGAGCUUAUUCACUCCCCUGCCUCAGACACGCUUCUCAACCUGGAGCACAACUACUUUGUUAGCAUCUCUGAGCUCAUCAGUGAGAGAGACAUGGAGAUUAAGAAGCUGCAGGAGAGGUUUGUGUCAGGGAUAAACCCCUGAAUCUGGAGUGUUGAAUUUAAAGCAAAUAUAACUUACCCCCUUUUGACAAAAUCCCAUAUGAAAUUGUGUGUUUUAAGAAUUAUUGUUACCUUGAGAAGUUCAGUUCACAAAGUUUGGUACAAGAAAGAGAAAAUCCUACACUGACACAUUUAAACUCCAGUCCCACUACUUUUUUUAGAACAAGCCCAGCAUUAACUUACACCUUUGCAUCAGUUACUUUCAAGAUGGUCAGAGAAAGAUUACCUAAAUAAGGCCUCUGCAUAAAUACAAGCCAUGAAUGCAAAUAAGUAAUUCUGUUAAGGAUUUAAAAAGAGGAUCAAAUGGUCGUGCUGGAGUCACAUAUUUACUGCACAAAACCUGUGGUCUGUUUUCCUCUACACUACAGAUUCACCAAACCAUAUUCUACCUGAAACUAGAAGCAACUCCAUUUAUCACAUCAUCUUAAUCCAGUUAUUUUGUCUCUGUAAUGGUUUGAUUUCACAACUGACCAAACACACCAGAUGAGUUUGUUUUGUCCAACUCAGACUCUGCUAAAAUGACAUUUCAACCUGGAGUCAUGACUUUACGUCACUGAAAAGUCACUGAAUUCUGUUCAUCUGCUUCUCAAAUGAUGAUGGUAUUUCCCCAGCAGUCUUAUCAAAUCUGUGAUUAUGUGUCUGUCCUGCAGGCAAGCAUCAGAAAUGGACAAAGUGAUGCACGAACUUGGGAACACUUUGAGCGACCAUGAUGUGAACACUGUGGCCUCUCAGCAUUUUGAUGCACAGCAGGUAAAGAAGAAGAAGGGGUGCGCGCUCUUAUGCACUAGAGGCAGGUGAGCCUUUAAGGUAGAGAGUGUAGGAAUGGGAAUAUUUCAUGAUUAGUGACAGGAACUCUACUCUCCUCACCUCUCAAGUUGUUAAAAUGAUGGUGCAAGGACAAAAGCUCCUGAGAUGCAAAAGUAUGAUCCCCCAUAGGUCGUGGGUUUACCAUCAAAAACUCGUAUUAAUACAAAUUGUGUUGCACACAACAGCCACUCUUUCUCUUAACUUCUAACCAGUGCAUUUCAUGCAGCCACUCACCAGAUAUAAAAACACAUACAGUGUGUUAGUUUGUUUGUCCUGUGCUGCGGUACAAACAUGAUGGUGCAACAUGGUAGCAUACUUACAAAUAUUAUAUUCCAUUUGUACAAAAUUGAUCCUGCUGAAUUUCGCUAAAUAUUACACACUGAACCUUUAAACCCAGUUCUAAGUCCUCUCUUCACCUCAGCUGUUGUGGGGGAUUUGGUGUCAAAUUCUAUCUUUACAGAUUUGCCAACAUUGACGCAUUGUUGUCAUAGCAAUCACUAUAUUUAUGGGUGCUCUUUCAUGUCUCCAUUUCUUUUGCAAAGGUGUUGGAGAAUAAGUGGGCCAGUGAGCUUAAACAAGUUACAGGCAUUCAGAAACAGGAGUAUCAGGAGUGGGUCAUCAAACUGCAUCAGGACCUGCAGAAAUCCACCAACAGCAGCAAAAUCAAGUAAGCCUGACAGUCCAGUGUGUGGUUGUGCGUAAGCUUGGACAAACAGCCGUGGGUUUAUAUUGCGUUGUGUGGAUUCUGAAGCUGCAUACACACGGCUGACAUCUGUGGAGCAGUACUGUGUUACCGCUAAUUGACCUGAACCGGCUCUGCCAGUUUGGGGACUUAAUCCUUUUAUUAACGCCACAGUUAAGCCACAAUAGAUGAUUCAAGGCAAUUACCGCUGGAGUCAGGUGUUUGGUUGCUAACUCUAAUUACGCAGAAAAAACCCUGCAGCAGCUUUGAUUUUCACUUUUAGGCAGUGACAAACUGCUCUCUACGUUCUUUUACCUCAGCAGCGGUGUGCCAUCGCAACUCCUUACAUCUACAAAGUAGAGUUCUUGAAGGAUGAAAAACGGAGACCAGUGAUAAUAGGAGUCAAAAACAUCGUGAUCAAAUGCUAGAUAUUCCCCAAGUGAAGCGAGUCGUCGGAAAAAUACUGCUGAUUGUGAUUCAGAGGUCAAACUAAACCCUUAACUAACAGCAUCUUAACUCUGGCUCUUCUGCAGCACAUCUAAUCUAAAGCACGACCGCCGCUUGGGCCUUUGAAGUGCAGACUCCAUUAACAUAGAAAUUGGAGUGAUUACAAGGGGUCAAAAGCUCAUCUCAGUUUGACUGAUGUUUGGCUUUGCAGCAUUCGUAAUGACUGGCAUCUUGGGAGAAGAAGUCGGGAAAGAAUCUUAAUGGGGGUUAACAGUAUGAGGUCUGAGAGAGUGCUGGUUUCAAAUCAGAUCCUACUCCUUUUUGCAUAUAUCGGAUAUUCGAUUAAAGUACAGAUACCAGUCAGGACAUGAACGCUAAGAGCCUCUCAGGCAAUGUGCUGACCCUGCAUCUGAUUUUCUUAAUCUUGAAUAUCAUUAUCUUUCUAUGUGUGGGUGGAACUUUACAAAUCAGCACUUUUUGCACUUUGUAAAUAUGCAUUUUCGAUGCUGCAGCCCCUAAACUCAUCCUCUAAAAGUUAACAUAAGAACUGUAAUACUGAAAACAGUUGAAUUUGAUCAUAUUCUCCUGUUUAUAGGGAGAUGAAAAACCCUUAGAGUGAAACCUUUGUCUUUGUUUUGUAUUUGCUUUCUUAAAUCCAACAUUUUUUAUCGUCUUGUAAAGAAAGUAGAUCAAGUAUCGUUAUAAUCUGUUUGAGAUUGUGGUGAUGUGAUUUAGGAGUACGUUUCAGUGUAAGUUCUGAGAAGACACUCAUCAUUGUGUCUCAUUAUAUGGCGAGGUUAGUUGGCUUCCUCUUGAACACAGGCUCUCUUGAAGGUUUCUAUAAGUUAGUUCCCUCCAUACAUAGUAGACUUGGUGGAAUUUGACCUGCAUGAUUUGCACUAAUGGUUGUUUGUAUGAUUGAUUUCCAGUGAGGAGAUUAAGGUGCAGCCCAGUCAGCUGUCAGAAGUCACAGAUUCGGGGGCCAGGAUGUUUGAGGAGCAGCCUCAGCUGGAGGAGAGUUUCACCAUUCACUUAGGUGCUUGUCCUGUAAACCUGCUUUACAAACAUUUUCCUGAAACCCUCUCCAUGUUUUUACACAAUUAUGGAAUUUCUGACAAGUAUGUAGCCAUCUUCAUGUGCACCUAUCUUUGUAGAGUUACAAUAUGUAUGUAUUUCUUGAUCAGGGGCACAACUGAAGACGAUGCACAACCUUCGACUGGUGCGGGCAGACGUGCUGGAUUUCUGCAAGCAUCGACGGCACGGGAGCGGUGGAGCAAAGCUGAAGCGGCUGCAGACGGCCCUCUCCCUCUACUCCUCCUCACUCUGUGGUCUGGUGUUGCUGGUCGACAACAGGGUCAACUCCUACAGCGGCAUCAAGAGAGGUUAGGGUGGAGGAUCUGCUCUGUUUUGUUAAAAAUCUAUGGUUUGUGUUUGGCAGUCAGCUGCUGGAUAACAUGUUUCAUCACCCCUCAAAGCUUUGAUGCUUUUCCACCUAUAAACGGAUCCAAAUCUCCUGUUAAUAGGUCAAUCUGACAGCUGAAUAUUAUGGAUAGCCUUUUUUUAAAUCUUACAGAUGUUAUACAAUAAGAAAGCUGUAGCCCUAAAAAGUGAAUCCCUCACACUCUUCUUGCUCCACAUCGGCAUGUAUUAAAAUGAAACCUCACAUUGUUUCAGCCCCUCUGAACCCUCUGGGUCAGAAGCGUGCUGUGAGCAAUAAUUUGAAAAUAUAACAGAGAUGAGAUGAGUUGUGGUUGGAUAAUAGCUUUGUUUUUUAAUACACAAUUUCAACCCUUUGCUUCUCCUUUGUUGAUCCUCAGACUUUGCCACUGUGGCAAAGGAGUGCACAGAUUUCCAUUUCCAUUCUCUGGAGGAGCAGCUGGAGGAGGUGCAGCAGGUGGUGCUAUACGCCAGAGCCCAGAGGAGCCAUAAGCAGAAAGAACAACCAGGUUAGAUUUUGGCUUCCUGUUAGGUCUGUGCGCCAACACAACCGUGACAAAGGCACACAAAGUUUGAAAAUGUUGGUUAUAAGGCUGGAUUUACAUUUCUCCAGAGGUAGAAAUACUGUCUGGGACACACAUGCUACCAAAGAAAAUUGAGAAUUCUAGACAUCCAGGCUUGCAGCUUUAGUCAGCUAUGCAUAAAAAAGGCUUAACUAACAUUUUUAAACAUGGUACGUUUCGCAGUGUCACAGAAACUGAUUUCUUUAAGUUGUUAUGCAAUCUUGGAUUAUGACAGUUUAUACAAACUUCUCUCAAAAAACAGAACAAGUUUACUUUGUAUUUACUCUCUCAUUCAUCUUAUUUGCCUCGCUGUUGAGAUUCUUGUUAAAACGUCUUUGCUGUGGUGUUGUCUUGUUAUCUUUGAGCUGGAAUUUUUUCUUACUGUGCUCUUAACUUUUUAAAACUUAAGAACUCAUAAAAGAUUUAAACUCAGGCAGAGCUGCUGUCUUUAUUACAUCUUGUGCUGAGCAACUGUUUUUGUUUUAACUCUUUCAGAAGAUUAUGAGAACUGAAUUUGAGAUAAAAAGACCCUAAAUAACAUGUGAGGAUUUAUUUAUGGUGAUCAAGUUGUUAUAGCAGGAUGAAACCCGAACAGGACCCACUCAUGAAGCAGAGGGACCUUGUCUCCCCCUGAAGUGUCUGCUUCAUGCUUCAUCUUCAAUUUGAAAAGUUUAUUACUCUCUCACAGUUUUUGUGUCCUGAAUCUGUCCUGCCUUGUCUUUGCUGUUUUAUUUCUUUUCUGAAUUUUCCCACAGUAAACGUCUGCCUGUCUGCCUGCCCCUUAUAUUUUAUGUGUAUUUAUUCAUCGUCAUUUACAGUAGAUCACACAUCCCUUCACUCUUUCCCUUUAAGACUUAAUACCCAAGACUUUUAUGCAACCAAGACCUUUUAUGAGAUAGUUUAUGGACAUGUUUUGAAGAGAGACAAGGCUCACAGCAGCAUCUUACACAGCCAACAAGCUUCCAGUCUGAAGCUGGUGUUACUCCUAGUUCAUUUUCCAUCGCAGCAGACUGCUGUAGAGACAUGUUACAGCUCACUCCUGCCUAACCUGAAGAGGAGAGGGUUCAGCUUAAGCAGACUUCUCAUCCCCGUCUCUACCUUUGCUGUCUUCCUUUAGAUGUUUUCCUUUAUUCCUAUUGGUGUGUUGGUAUGGUAGGCGGUGAGAGCUAGCAUGGAGGGAAGGUGGUCCCAAGACAUCAAGGCUAACUGUUCAGCCCCUGUGAGCUCAUGUUAAUGAAACAUCAGUGGAGGCAGCUGCCUGUUUGACAACCUUAGUGGUGUACUUGCUCUUGCUCUCCAUGCGUCCCCUCAUUUUCUUCAUGUCUGGGUCUUAAGGGGACGAUGUAAAUAAUGAGAUGAGAAUACUAUGAGGGUGUGAUGGGGUGGGUUCACUGAGGACUCAUACAGUACGUUGUGCUUGUUUUCAGUCUUACAAUUGAACCUGAUCUUGAUGUUAAGCCUUUGUCAAUAGAAUAUAUAAAGAGUGUUCCAGAUCUUCUAGUUUCGAAGCACUCUUAGUCAGCGCGUAUUGUGAAGUAUGAAGAAAUAUUGGUUUAUUAAAUAAUGAGUGAAGUAUGGCACACUUAACACAGCUGUGGACUGAAGUUUGGAUGACCUAUUUUUCAGCUACAGUAAGUGUUAGUCUUUGAAUUCACUUUAAAAGGAAACCUCCUUUUUAAAUCAAUCGAAUCAAUCAAUCAUUUUCCACUGCAGGCUUUCCAAAGAGGUGAAUGCCAGCAGUGUGAAAGUGGGAGAAAAAGAAAAAAGGGCGACUGUGUAUCGUUACCACAGUUUCAAAGCCCAACUGUGUCAAGAUCAGUAUCAUAGUGAUUCAUAAAGUGAAGCUGCUGUCUUUCAGGCUUUGAUCAUCCUUUGAAAGUAUAGAUUUUUACUGUAUUUUCUUUUUUUUAAUGCCUUAUCUUUACAGAAGUUUCAAAGAAUGGAGGCGAUGACAAGAGCAAGAAUGUUGAGAGAAACCCCUCUAACAUCGUACCAGGUAACGGCCAUCAUAACAUACUUCUCUGAUCUGAUUCAGUCUCCAGUGAGGAGUUUUCAGCUGGUUAUAUAACAGACUUUAGUUAAUGCAGAUGCCUCUACAUGACCUGUUAAGGCAAACAAGGCCAUCGGGGAGAAGAUUGACGACCUCUGUGGAGUUAUUUUCGUGUCUGUAGACCGGGGGGAUUAACAGUAUUCUGCAGCUCAGCGAAACCAACUCACAGCUUUGUUUACGAUUUCCAUCACACAGAUUUACAGUGAGGGAGGCGAUUGGCCAUUAAAAAUAGCAUGAUACAGUGUUUGUUGAAUGAUACAGUUUAAGGAAGAAUUGAUUUAUCACCACUACAGGGACAGACCAGCAAAGACAUAAGAGGUCACCAAGCUCUACACAAAGUGAAAAUUCCUCACAGGAGAUUUAACAAAACAUUUAAAUACAUUUUUUACCGACUUUUUGAUCCCAUAUAUUUCAGCAGAUGUACUUCUAAACUGCACCAAUUUUGCUGCAUUUUUUUAUUCAUUAAUAUCUGAGUUUUGAAUCUGUUCCUCCAGGUGAGUUUUACAUCUCACGACACUCCAACCUGUCAGAGUGCCACGUAGUCUUCCACCUGUGUGUGGACGAUAAUGUGCGUUCAGGGAACAUCACAGCCAGAGACCCGGCUAUCAUGGGUUUAAGGAACAUCCUGAAAGUCUGCUGCACACACGACAUCACCACUGUCACCGUCCCCCUGCUGCUGGUCCAUGACAUGUCAGAGGUAAGAACAGGUAGUGUGCGUACAGAUGCUGUUGUGAUACAUUGGAGUUCACACAUCCUCACACACUCUACGUGGUGAGUUUGUUCCCACAGUUCUUUCUGUCCCAUGUCCCUCCUAAACUACACAUGAUACCAAGGCUUCUUAGUGAUGCUGAAAAUCAGUUUAUAGUUAAUGAGAUUUCCCCAAAUAAGACACAGUCAAGGAGCAGAUACAGCACAUAAAAGGAUAAAGGUUUGAGUUGGCGGUCCGGUGAUUUGGCUACCAAACACAUGACCUGAACCGAUUGGGACUGGGUUCUUGUAAAACUAUCACUGCCAAAGGGAUCUUUAGUUGGCUGUCUGAGUCUUGGGCUUGUACCCCAUAAAACAAAAAAAAUAAAAAACUUAUGAAUUAUCUGUUGAAGUAGUUAGGCUUGAAAAAUGAUGAAUAAAUGCUUGAGAGAAUUGGCUGGUUGUGAUGAAAAAAAAAUGCCAAAAAGUUUAAGGGUUGAUGUAAAAGCAUUGGUUGAAGUUGCUUGUAUUUUUUAUAUCAGGGCAGCAGUCGGUAAGUCUGUAGGGGUGUAGCUUGGAAAUGGAGGGUUUCUGGCUCAGUUGUCUGGACAGACCAAUUGCCCUGUUUGAACUGUCUAAAUUGCACAGUCUAAGGCGCCAGGUGCAAAGAGAGCUUAUCUGACCACAUGUUGCUAGCAGAGGACUGGAUGCUUAGUCAAGUGCAGGGUGCAGAGAGGCUGGAUUAAGCCCCCCUGAUUAAUCAAAGGUGUUUAUUUUGUAACAUGACUCAACCAAUUAGUGUGCCUGCUCUCAUUUUCAUUAAGAACUUGGUGUACCUGCAGGCAGGCGUGUUGAUAUUUACACAUCACAUUUCAGCAUUUUUGACUUAAAUAGACCAAGCUAGAGAGCUGACACAUUGAACUUCUCUCCUUCCAUUGUGCCCCUGAAAUGCAGAAAACACACAGAGAUACAUGGAUUUACUCCACUGAAACCUUCUGCACAGCAGGAACAAUCAAGUAUCCAUUGAUGAAUGAGGCCCUGUAGAGUAACUUUAUCUCUUAUUGAAAACACAAUAAUAGAUAUUCCAGUUACUUCUGGUGCUUGACUGAGUGCUUUUAAUAUCUCUCUAUUAAUGUCUGUUAAGGAUCCUGUUGUUGCAUGUAUGGAUGUUUCAGCACCAGUCUGUGGGAUAAAAUUUAACUCCAGAGUGAAAACAGUCAAUUACCCCUCAUUAAAAUGUCAUAAAGUAAAUAGUUGUGAUUAAAAUUAAUAGUAUCUUUGCUGGGACAGUGUUAUGUGUAUCUUUUCCUGGAUUGUCUUACUUCAUAGCUGAAGUGAUGGUCAAAGCUGUUGACUAAAAGUGAUCUUCAAACCAUUUCAAAGUUUGCCAGUAAAAAUGAGAGUAUGCAUUAAAAACACUGGAGCAGUACUUUGAAUAGAUAGUUGUAACUUGCAAAUUUUUACUGUCCCGAGCCGUAGCUCUAUCAAUGCAAACUCGACCACUCCAACUGACACACGGAGACAGAUUGUUCACUGUUGGAAAUUCAGGUUUAGCUGCAGAACAUCAACCCAAGAGCUAAUAAGGAUUCAAUGCUGCUUGAUUACCCUUCAACUGGAUUGAUUCAGCUCUUAAUUACAUCCAUUAAUCCUUUUAACUCUUAUCUGCUUUUGCCUCCGCGUCCGUGUUAAGCCUUAAUAGUUUGUUAUUGUUUGUGGAGGAAAGGUGAGGAAAAUCUGCGUCACAGUUUCCCUGGUCCUAACUGACAGCAUAGUCUGUUUUUUUCCCCUUUUUUCAUUCUGCCCCAGCCUGAGUUCACUUCAUACCCAGCUGCGGUCUGACUUAUGAGACACAGGCUACAACUGAACAUUUCCCAGGUUUAAAAGCAGGAGGGCGACGUAGAGAGUCAUGAACUCUUGUGUUUGCUCAGCACCUCAGAGAGCAUGUACAGCAGCACUCUUGUACCCACAGAGCAGGAGAGAGCAACAGAGAGAGCUUUCACUGACUGAUGAACUCCACCUGAAUCAAGCAGAGAGGGCACAUAACUCAUCAUAACAGGGGGAUUUUUUUGUGAUUUCUUGAAAUUAGAUUUUUUUUAAUGGUAAAAAAAUAAUAAAAUGUGGUUCUUCUUUGAACCUGAUCAGGAACUCAUUCUGAGUAGAAAUUAAAACCUAAUAAAUUGUGAAUCCCUCGAGAUGGAAAGUAAACUCUCGGGAAGCCUCUGUCAGGGGGACACUCAUGCCACAACAUGCCUAGUACGCGUUUUCUCCUCCUGUCUAAUCAAGAGUCUUUGUUUAUAUAACCAAAGACUUUUGAAGCUUUGGGAACCAGAGGAAGUUUAAUUGAUAGCUUCUGGUUUCACAUCCAGACUUUCCAUCUGUCAUCGUCUUUUUUUGACUUGUUUGCCAUUUAGAGGCAAAGUUUGCCUGUUUAUACAAGUCUAUUCUUAUGUUAUGGCUUUGAAAGAAAUGGACAUUAUUUGUCUGCCAGAGCUGCAGUCUGCAGUAUAAAUACAACAGGGCUGUGGCUCUUAUUCUUAUUUUAAGUUGUUUUUUGUUCCUGUAAACUUUAAGGGUUUGAGGGAAAAAAGAGGCACAGUCAGACACAAUGUAAUGUCUUCUUUCAUGGCACUAAAAUACAUGUUUCAGGAGAGGAAAUUAAAACCUCUUUCUACCAAUUUAGAGUUACAAUUAAAAGACAAAAGAUGUUCAUAAUUGCACAUCCGUCAAGCUGCGUCUCCUUGCCUUAAUUGCUCGGCAGAGACCACAGCCUCCUUUUCUGUUCCUCGGAAUAACAGAGUUUGCUCGACUCCACGCUGGUGCCAGCCUCAGUCAAACAGAAAAACUCUUGGGUGUGCUGUGCUAUUGUUGAUGCAUCACAGAGCAAUUGCUCAAGCCUGUACAGGUUAUCUCAAGGAGCAGUUCACAUGGGCCUCAAUGACACCCCUGACUUCAGCUCAUGGAUCUGGUUUGUUGACUUGAGGGUGUGUGUGUGUGUGUGUGUGUGUGUGUGUGUGUGUGUGUGUGUGUGUGUGUGUGUGUGUGUGUGUGUGUGUGUGUGUGUGUGUGUGUGUGUGUGUGUGUGUGUGUGUGUGUGUGUGUGUGUUUGCUGUGUGUUACUAGAAACUCUUCAUAUCUGACACUUCUCACUGUGAGCAAAGGUUGACUGCAGGGCUGACUGCCUGCUGAGGUCACUGUGAGCUGCCUCCAGCUCACUUCACACUGAAGGGAGAUUGGCGGUUACAGAUACAGUAGCCUGUUGAAGGGGUGUACGUGCAGCUUCGUGAGAUGUCACAUUUCUGUCAGGUAAAAUGUCACAGCCACAAAACAGGAGAAUUUGCACUUGACGCAGUUAAUAUGUAAUUCAUACAGUGUCUUAUUUACAUACCUGCGUAAGCCUUCUGAGAAGGAAUCUGUUGUAUCAAAAUGUUAACUGUUGAUAUGACUCAGCUCCAGCGUCACCAGCCCAUUUUUCACUCUGAACAUAAAAGACGUACAGUGUUUGUUUUUAUUUAGUUCUGCGCAGUGUAGGAGAGGUUUGAUUUUCAAGAGACAGAGUUAAAGCAGGUCACGGCGCUGCUUAAGGUGGUGAGAUGUAGGUGUUGGAUUCAGGGUUUAUCCAAGGGUGCCCAAGCCCCGGCCCCAGGGCUGUCCCUGAAAUCUUAUUAUACAUCCCAAAAUCCUAAACCAUGAGUGUUUAUUUGUCUUAUUAUUGAUUGGACUUGUCAAUAAGUGAAAAGCUUCAAUUUUUUGACACAAUAGAAAUAUGAAAUUUAAUACCUUAUUUUCUGUUUGUUUUUUUUUCAAUGGCCCUGUGAGAAGUUUUUAACUGAUUUUAAAUUCUGAGCUUCAUCCUGCCUUGAAAAAGUAUUUGUAUGAGACAAAGAUGUGCUGUUGAUUUUCCUUUGUUCAUAGUUGUGUCGCACUCCCAGCAAAUACACUCUGAUAGUUUUUAGGAUGGAUUUUUGGAUCAAGAAUUAAGAAAAUACUAACUGUAUUCGAUGGGAAGUUUUAAUUGCACUCAAUACUUAGGGUUUUUUUGCAGGCUAUUUGGGUUAAUUGUUUCUUUGAGUGAGUGUUGCUUCAAGUCAGCGCUCAGUAUUUCUGGCAGUUAUCAAAAGCUUCCCAGCAUCCUCUUGUGGAUCUUUCCUUGUGAUACCUUUGUAAUAAAAAUAGUGUUUUAUACAUAGACAUGCAUGUCCCAGGUCUACCAGCUAACCAGCACUUUUGUCAUUGAAACUAUCAAAAAAUAAACUGUAUUUCAUUUAUUCACCGAAACAAUAACUGCACACUUUGGCAAGAGACACGUUUUUAUGACAAUGGUGAUGGGGCUCAUGGGAAAUAAAGCUCUCAUCUGAAAAAAACAAAACAAUAAAGGGACCCAAGGGGUCUCCAGAACGAGCAUAAAAACUCCCAAUAGUGCCUCUAAAUUGGUCUAUUAAAGAGUGUUGAAACAAUGAAAGCUUGUCCUUACAGCACAGUCCCCUCUCUGGCAAAUGAUAAGGCCUUCUGCUCAAAUUUAAGUGAAAAGGACACGUUCUGAGGCGUCAGCACAGCUCAGCAGUUAGAUAUUAGGCUAUUGUCCUUGAAGAGAGUAGCAGAGUUUAAAUCAAACCUGGGGCCCCCUCUGCUUCAUGUCAUUUUUUACGCUGUUCACUGCCCUAUCCUCUUAAUAAAGCCACCAAAAGCCCCAUAAAAAAAACCCUCACCAAUAUCAUCAUUUGUGUUAGACUUUUGAUUUGUGAUCUUAUUCCUGUUGUUACCUCUCUUUUGCAGGAGAUGACCAUCCCAUGGUGUCUUAAGAGAGCAGAGCUGGUCUUCAAAUGUGUCAAAGGUGAGAUGAAAAUUUGAUGUAUUUUUCAGACCCAGACACAGUGCACUAACCACUGCUGUUGGUUGGUAUAUUAGUAACAUUUUUUUUUAAAGAAAAUAAGUUAAUAUUGACAGCAUGACUUACAAUGAAGGGCAUUUUUUAAAACACAUCUUGUUUUUCCCCAGUGAGCAUGGGAGACAUGCCAGCGUGUCUACUGAAAACGCUUGAAUUUUUCACAAUAAUAACCCUCAUGUAAUAGUUUUGAUUGAUACUCACCCAUGUCUUACUUUAGAAAAAGAGGCCAUGCCUACAGACGUCAGCUAGAUGUGUUUACAUAUUUUCAUCACCAAACCUGUGGUAAACACUGACCUCCUCUAAUCAUGCUGAGAAAUUGAACUUUUAAAAUAUGAAUCACUUUCAACCGGUGUUAUUCGCAGGCUUCAUGAUGGAGAUGGCCUCGUGGGAUGGAGGUAUUUCACGCACAGUCCAGUUUCUUGUGCCAAAGGUGAGAACAAAAUGUGCUGCACAUGGUUUUGGUUACACAACAUUAAGUUGAGGUGACAAACAGUCUACCUCUGAGUAACUGCUUUUCUGCGAAGCUCUUGUAUGUGUGCUUAAGGCUUUAGUUGCACAUAGCAUCACAAAGAAACACCUGGCUGUGCAGCACACACCUUUUGACAGCAGACAGAGAGGAGAAAAGCCGUCAUAAAUCAUAGAUUAGAGAGCUUUCGGUUCUUUUGACCGACGUUUACUCUGCUGUGAUAAAAGGAAGCUCAGCGACUCAUCAAUAUUGUUGUGUGAGAAGCAGACGGAUUAACAUGAAGCUCUCGAACACUGAAGCAUUAACUCAGUGUACCUCCUUAUCCUGGUGAAAUCUAAGGUCUCUAUAAAAACUGUAAUCGGGACAAACCAGUUUACAGAAGAUGCUUUAUUAUGAGGAGGAGUAAAGCAGCGUCUUACGUCAUAUUUUCAGGGGCUUGUGAGCUGAGAACAGGAUGAAGCAUAACUGCUGUUUGAUUUAGGAUUUAGCUGAAUGCCGCGUAUAUUUAACGUUUGUGGUUUGUCAGGAAGGCAGCCGAGCCUAUAGAAGCAUCUCAUGUUGACAGGUUAAGAAGAUAAAAGAAGCAGCAUCAAAGGACCCGGCUGCAUCAGUUCCUGUCAGCUACGGGCUCAGACACCAUUUAAAAUAGCACUUCUGAAACAACAUUGUUGUCUACUCCUCAAGGAGACGAGAUGGCUAAAUAUACAUUCAGUGUUUGCGCGACUGAAUAUGUGCCUGUGUUUCAGCCUAAAGUUUAAUACUUAACAUUCCUAUCUGACGGGUGGCGAUGCUUAGAGUGACAUGGUAUGCUCCUCUGUUAAAGUCCCAGCUGCCGGGGUUCACAUCCUUUCAGCGUCUUGACUGCUGUUCCCUCGGGUGGUAAAAAGGAUCCUGUGAUGUUGAGCUAAAGGGCACCACAGGGGCUGUUAACACUUGGCUGUACGCAAACAAUCCAGAUGUAUUUUUGUUUUCAUGAGUACACUUACAGCCGGGUUAAGAAGGUUUAAUUGGUUGCCUUCCUUUUUCUGUCUGUGUGAAGUUAAAAUGUUUCCACAACAGAUGAACAAACUCCAGAAGAGUAACAGAGUUUGAUUCAAAACUUGUGUGUGAUUAAAAGUACCUGCAACACAUUUUAAAACAGCUGGGACGAGAACCAAAUACUGACCUAAGUAGGUAAAAGUUCUGGUUACCAGGUUAGCAACAUGACUGGGUGUAAUAAAAAGACACUCAAGAGAGGCUGGGUCUCUUACAGGGAAAGAUAUGGAGAGAUUCAGCAUUCUGACAGAGGCUGGGUAAUGUUCCACAGCGUGAAAUCGCAAAUAAUUUUGGGAUUUUAGUGUCUACAGGACGUAAUGUUUUUUGAAAGAUUUAGAGGAUUUGGAGAAUUAUUUGUACAAACAGGAAAAGGAGCAAAACCAACACUGGAUGGCAGAUUUUCUGGUCCUCAGGCACCACUGCACUCUGUCGUGGGAAUCACUGCAUAAGCUGAGAAUCAUUUCUGAAAACCGUACAGGUACAGGUUAAUGCUGCAUCACUCAGAAAGGAAAGCAUUGGCAAACAUAAUCCAGAAAUGCUGGUAAUACAUUUUGAAAAUUAUAAAUGCUACACUCUCUGCUGAGAAGAGGAGGAACCUUUUUAGGGAACACCUUGCAUAAUACAGCAAGAAGAUACCAAACUACAUAGGCCAUGCAUCACAACAGCACUGCUUUGAACUUGUCUGUCUGCAGUUCCAACUUUUCGUCUACGGAAAAAAUUUGCAACAUUAUGACAGAAAAAGUACAAAACAUGAGACCCCAAACUGUUUAGCAGCUCAAAUGCAUUAUCAGGGACACUUUCACGUUUUGAAACAUGCUGCUUGUAUCAAAUUGAAAAUUAUUGCUGAUUUUUAAUGAAACAAUACUUUUUUUGAGGUAAUAUUUAAGUUUCAAAAGCCCUGCAUCAGCAAAACCUAAUUUUAUUGACACUUUAAACUUUGUUCCAACUCAUUAAUUUAGGGGUUUGUUUUUUACCUCCGCCAAGGAGGUUAUGUUUUCGGUAGCGUUGGUUUGUUAGUUUGUUUGUCUGUUAGCAACUUUACGGAGAAAGUAACAGACGGAUUGACCUGAAAUUUUCACCAGAGGUGCAUCUCAGCCCCAGGAGGAUACCAUUAACAAAAUGCUGGAUACUGUGAUCCAGAACAAACAAAAAUAAGGGUGUUGUUGGAAUUUUCAAUGGUAAAAGAUAACCAAUGGGCGGCACAGUGGUGUAGAUAGGCAGCACAGUGGUGUAGUGGUUAGCACUGUCACCUCACAACCAGAAGGCCUUGGGUUUGAAUCCCGGUCGGGGACAUUAUGAACAGUGAACAUACCAGUUUAAACACAAAUAAAAGUUAAUAAAAGACACGUAACAGUAAAAGUUUUGGUGUGAAUCACAAUAUAAGGGAGGACAUGAGCUGCUUGGCGGAGGUCUGUGCUCUCUGAGUGCUUUUCUAGUUGUAUUUGUGCUCCAUCCCAGUCCUUGUCAAUCAAUAAUUGAGACUAUCUUCUUUUGUAUUGACAGAGUAUCUCAGAGGAAAUGUUCUACCAGUUGAGCAACAUGCUGCCUCAGAUCUUCCGAGUCUCCUCCACCCUAACUCUCACCUCAAAGAACUGAUGAUCCUGGAUCAUCAUAUUUAUUUAAACUGGAGUAAGAAGGUUUUUUUUUAAGACUUGCAAAUUAACUCUACAAUGAUAAUAAUAAAAAGGUUCAAAAACUACUGUGGCAUUAAAGCACUGACAGUAUAGGUGCAAAACAUGUUAUUUGAAUGAGAAAAGACCUUAAAGACCUUAACUUUUGUGGAAGCUUGUAAUUUUUGCACCUUCAAAAGUUCCUUGCGUUGCUUGUGCUUCUUUCUGAGAGAAAUCUGGAGCCAGUGGUUUACCAAAGCAGCUGCUGCAAUUAUCAUUUCAAGGCUCUAGGGAGCGGCUCUGCUGACAGAGUUUUAUGACAUCAUGGCAUCAUCCACGAGUACUGCAAGAGGUCCAGUAUUCUUUCAAAGCCACAUGCUGUAACUAUGUGCACAUUCAAACUACAGCAUAACAAAGAAGAUGGUGUUGUGUUGAAGUUUGAGCCUGCUGAUGCAGAGUUAAGUAAAAAAAAAAGCAACAGAGCAAGCAGAUGAAAAUGUGAAAACAGAGCAUUGUUUACUCCAGUGAGGAAGCUGGUUGAGACUGGCACUGACUGGUGAACAGAUGCGACCUAACAAACAUCACUGACUCUCCUCACUAGCAAAGUUAGAAGCCUACUUUUUGUGAUUUUUGUUUUCACCAUAAAUCAUACAGAUAUAUGUAAUUAAAGGGUGGUUAAUCUCAGCUUCAGAACUUUUUAUUUCAGUUUUGAUGUGAAUCAUGAGAUCUCUGACACUAUUAAGUGUCAUCUGUUGAUUGAUUGUGAUUAAGUCUUGAUAUAUGAUCUCAAAGUCCAGCCUUAAUAUAAGAUCAAGCUGUCUAAAGCAGUGAGGCAUGGCCGUGGAUAUCUUGCCUGAUUUGUGACCUAAACUUGGUGACCUACAGCGGUAGGGUGUAACAGCCGUGAUGAGCGAUGUUGAGGAGAUUUUAUGCUGCAUUGCAGUGAGUUGAAGUGGAGACCACUCUUCAUGCUCGUGCAUGUGUCUGUGCACGUCAUGUGGGCUCCUUCUUCUACCCCUGUAACAGCAGAUGGCGCUGUUCUGAAGGCUAAAGAUGUGAAAAAGAGAACUGCAUACUUCUCUUAUCAGAGGAGAUCAAGUUUAAAUGAGUGUUUACUGCCUGUUGAAAUUCACCUGUUUGAGUGUCUAAAUUUAUUCUUAGCAGGAGUGAAGUACUCUCCCACGCUCACUUAUGGUGGUCUUGCAUUUUCAAUGUGUUAUACCGUCUCAGAUUUGUUUUAUUUUCUGUAUAUUUACUGUAUAUUUUACAUUUUUAUGUUUUAAUAAAAAAAACCACAUCCCUGUGA